AUGCUCCUCUUGCUCACCUGGCACAUUCUCAUCACCUCAGUCCAAGCGACGCCGCCUCCACCUCCACCACCACCUAGCCCAAACCUCACCGACAUCCUCCACAACCCCGAGGCAUCCCCAAACACCCUCUUAAUCGACACCUUCCUCCACCAAGAUGUCAACGACCUAGGCCACUGGCACGGGCCUCUCGAAGGCCUCACAGUCCACCACAGCCCAGGCUUCGUGCGCUUUUUCCCCUCUGACCCGGACCACAACUACCACACCCAACUCUCCGCCUCGUCCUGCUUCGACCUGCGCCCCUACCAACCCACGCACUUCCUGCACAUCGUCUUCAGCGGCACCACCAAAUUCUCUAUCUUCCUCAACCAGAACAACCCGGCCUGCAACUUCACGCGUAACCCGUUCCCGCAGACCUCGGAUGUCGUCGAGGCCGCCCGCUACGCCCGCGGCAACGACAUCUAUAUCCCCCUCGCGCAUUUUCAGAUCGACCAGACAAGAGCCGUCUCCGUCAGCUUCGGCGGGUUCUAUUCGUUGGAGCCGCUAACGCUCUACCGCAUAGAAAUCGUGCCGUCCAUCCCCGUGGGGUUUCCCGUCCCGCAUCGCAUGAACAACGGACGCUUGGUGCUGACAUGUUCUCGACCUGGCUCGUUUGCGUUCGGUAUCGACGACGGGCAGCCGCGGUUUGCGCAGGAGGUGAUGAAGAUUCUUGAGGAGGAGAGGGUGCUGGUGACAUUUUUUGUGGUCGGGCUGGGCCUGAGGGAUCGGGACACGAACUUCUCGAAUGUGUAUCGCGAGAUGAUCAAGAGGGGCCAUCAGAUUGCGCUGCAUUCGGAUACGCAUCGGAAGAUGGAAGGCCUGGCAUCCACUGCAGAUAUCGAUCGCGAAAUCGUCGAGAAUAUCAAGUCAUUUCGACAGAUAUUGGGCAUUGAGACUCACUACUUCCGUCCUCCCUUUGGCACCCUCGGGGCACGGACACGCCAACGCCUAGCGAAUUUCAUCACCGACCCACAAGUCAUCACCUGGAGCGUUGACAUCGAGGACUGGCUCUGGGCGGAUUCCAAGACCCCCGAGAAACAGCGCGAGGCCUUCUUUCGAGAUGUCAUGCACGGGGGCAAUCUGGCCGUCAUGCACUUCCUAAGUCCGACAACCGUCGGCUACUUCCGGGAGGUGAUUCAGUUCGUCAAGGGUCAAAAUAAGUCCAUUAUGCGCAUUGACCAAUGUCUGGGAGAUCCGAGGAGCCCACCCUUGAAGUACCCUGUUCAUUAG